CUCAGCAUGAAUCAUGGUGUUCACGCUGCAUGGACAUCACCAGCUCUCCCUUAUCUCACAUCAAAUACAACAACAGAAACACAAUUAACCAAUGAACAAGGAGCAUGGAUAGCAUCAAUAUCAGCAAUUGGCGUAAUGUUUGGUACCCUAAUAUGUCCCCUUUUUUUGGAUCGUGUGGGUCGAAAAAAAUCCACAUUCAUCUCAAUAAUUCCCGCUCUAUUGUCAUGGAUCAUUAUUAUUGUAACAAAAAAUUACAUUGCUCUCAAUACAGCAAGAUUCAUCAGUGGAAUUGGAUCAGGAAUCACAUAUGCAGCAGCAACAAUUUAUUUUGCAGAAAUUGCCGAGAAAAAUAUCCGUGGAAUGCUGAUGACGACAAUUAAUGUUUGUGGUAAUUUUGGAACAUUAUUUGUUGUGACAAUUGGUGCCUUUUGCAAUUACAAUACAAUGAAUAUUGUCAUGAUUUUUUUGCCAAUUUUUGCUAUAGUGACGUUUCCAUUGAUGAUGGAGACGCCGUAUUUUUUAUUAAUGAUGCAAAAAGAGAAGAAAACAUUGAUGACAUUGAGAAAAUUACGCGAUAAUGAUGAUGAAAUUCAAUUGGAAUUGGAUAGAAUUAAAUUAUCUGUUAAUGAGAGUCGAUCAUCUUCAUCAUCAUCAUUUCGUGAACUUUUUGAUUCUGGUAAUCGUAAAGGAUUAUUGAUUUUAUUUUUUGCAAUGGCAGCAAUGUAUUUAUCAGGUGUUGCUGUUUUUGAAGCAUAUGCGGAGGAAAUUUUUGCCUAUAGUAAUUUCACUCUAAAUCCAAAAUAUUCAACAAUGAUUUUGGGUUUAGUGAGAAUAAUCGCUGGACUAUUAUCGACAUUAUUUAUUGAUCGUGGACGAAAAUUAAUGCUAUUAAUAUCCGGUACAUUGUCAUCAUUUGCACUUAUUUCAGUGGGAUUUUUCUAUUUUAUUGAUUCAAAAACAGAUUUUGAUACAUCGUCAAUUACUUGGAUACCAUUAGUUGGAUUGAUGUUGUAUUUAAUUUUUUGUAAUCUUGGUUUAGUAUCGAUACCAGCAAUUUUUAUGGGUGAAUUAUUUACAAUUAAUGUAAAAGGCAAAGCAGUGGCAAUUGGUAUUAUUUCAGCUGCAUUUUUUAUAUUUGUCUCGAAAUUUUGGUUUCAGGAAUUAAAAGUUGAUUUUGGUAUGCAAAUGCCAUUUUGGAUUUUUGCUAUAUGCUGUCUUUUGUGUACAUUUUUUGUAUUUUGGAUAACACCUGAAACGUCGGGUAAAAAUCUUGAGGAUGUGCAACGAAUUUUGAAGCAAAAACGAAGAAAAAAGAAAAUAAUUUCGGAAAAUUUUGAACUUGCUGGUACUUCAAUGCAAAUAAUGAGAAUUAUAAAUUACACUUCAUGUGAAACUGAUGAUACAGAAAAUGAUAAAAUUAAUAAUUGUAAUAAACAUAAUCAAAAUUCUUCAAAAAAUUGUUAUUGGACACAAUUAAUUUCCGGAAUAAGCAUCUAUCUACUAAGUAUCGAUCAUGGUAAUUGUGCUGCUUGGACAUCACCAGCACUUCCUUAUUUAUCAUCAAACACAACAGAAAUAAAAUUAACCAAUGAGCAGGGAGCAUGGAUAGCAUCAUUUCCACAUUUUGGCAUAAUGUUUGGUACCCUAGUAUGCCCAUUAUUUUUAGAUCGAGUGGGUCGAAAAUACACAAUAUUCAUCUCAUCGAUUCCAACUCUAUUGUCAUGGAUCAUCAUCAUUGUAACAAAAAAUUAUAUUGCCCUUUACAUUGCAAGAUUCAUCAGUGGAAUUGGUUCAGGAAUCACAUAUGCAACAGCAACAAUUUACUUUGCAGAAAUUGCCGAGAAAAAUAUCCGUGGAAUGCUGAUAACGACAAUUAAUGUUUGUAGUAAUUUUGGAACAUUAUUUGUAGUGACAAUUGGUGCCUUUUGCAAUUAUAAUAUUAUGAAUAUUGUCAUGAUUUUUUUGCCAUUUUUUGCUAUAAUAACACAACCACUAAUGAUGGAGACGCCGUAUUUUUUAUUAAUGAUGCAAAAAGAGAAGAAGGCUUUGAUGAUAUUGAGAAAAUUACGCGAUAGCGAUGAUGAAAUUCAAUUGGAAUUGGAUAGAAUUAAAUUGUCUGUUAAUGAAAGUCAAUCGUCAUCAUCAUCAUCAUUUCGUGAACUUUUUGAUUCUGGUAAUCGUAAAGGAUUGUUGAUUUUAUUUUUCGCAAUGGCAGCAAUGUAUUUAUCAGGUGUUGCUGCUUUUGAAGCCUAUGCGGAGGAAAUUUUCGCCUAUAGUAAUUUCACUCUAAAUCCAAAAUAUUCAACAAUGAUUUUGGGUUUAGUGAGAAUAAUCGCUGGACUCACUUCGACAUUAUUUAUUGAUCGUGGACGAAAAUUAAUGCUAUUAAUAUCCGGUACAUUGUCAUCAUUUGCACUCGUUUCAGUUGGAUUUUUCUAUUUUGUAGAUUCAAAAACAAAUUUUGAUACAUCGUCCUUCACUUGGAUACCAUUAGUUGGAUUGAUUUUGUAUUUAAUUUUUUCUAAUCUCGGUUUAGUAUCGAUUCCAGCAAUUUUUAUGGGUGAAUUAUUUACAAUUAGUGCAAAAGGCAAAGCAGUUGUGUUCGCUAUUAUUUCCGCAGCAUCUUUUACAUUUAUCACCAAUUUUUGGUUUCAAAAAUUGAAAACAAAUUUUGGUAUGUAUAUGCCUUUUUGGAUUUUUGCAACUUGUUGUUUUUUCUGUACAGUCUUUGUAUUUUUAAUAGCACCUGAAACGUCGGGUAAAAAUCUCGAGGAAGUACAAAGUAUUCUCAAAGAAAAACGAAGGAGAAGGAUACUUUUGAAAAAUUUUGAACCUAAUACUCCACUGUAG